AUGGCAAGAUCGAGCUACUGCGUGCUGGUGCAUGCAUUGCUCUCUUCGCAGGUGCUCCUCGCAUCUGCCAUUCAGACGGACGGCCAUGUGCAAAAGAUCGAGCAGCUGCCUCCACUCGCGGAUACGGCGCCUAAGCACAUCGUGAUGGUGAAGCCAGGCGGGACUGAGAUGAAGUCUCUUCUUCUGCUGACCGUCUUCGGCAGUGCCUACGGUCUCCUCACCUUUUUCCUGAUUGUCGCCCUGUGCGUCGGGGGCUGCCUGAGACCCCAAGACGAGGAGAGGACCGUACCCGACAGGUUCUGGCUGCCUCGAUUUGUGGCCCGCGGCGGCAACCUCGGGAGCGUGUCGCAAAUGGUCUACCGUGGCUGGGUGCUGAUCUGCUACACCCUGCCCUCCUGCUUGGUCUUUGGGAUCCCUGCAGUCAUGAUCAUACUGCUGAUUGACCAUGUGGAGGAGGUCGCCAUGUACAUCUUCGUCAUCACGUCGGUCAGCGGCCUUUGCAUCGUGCUGAACCUCGCGAUCACGGGCGCGAUUGGCCUCUGCCGGCUGCAAUUUGCCCUUUCGGUUCCACCAGAGCGGAGCGAGGAGCAACCGGAGUGCAGCCCGGAGCAGCCCAAAGUCAUCCACUGGGUUGUGCUGCCGCAGUACAAGGAAUCGGUGGAGAUCGUCAGCCAGACGCUUGAGUCCUUGUGCCGAAGUUCUCUCUCCCAGCAGAUGGGAGUGCUGUUAGCCAUGGAAGCGCGAGAAAACGAGGCGGCGGAGAAGGCAUCGGCUCUGGCGGAAGCCUUCAGCGGUAAGUUCGGUGACCUCCAGGUUUGCUACCAUCCUGACGAUCUGCCCCAGGACCCGCCGGGGAAAGCGAGCAACUGCGCCUUCGCGUUCCAUUGGCUGCUGCUGUACUUGGAGCUGGAUCUCAAAGAUGGGAGGUCCGGUGUGGGCGAGGAUGGCAUAGAGCUUCGGAGGAGGCGUGCAAUGGAGCAAUUGGAGACGUUGUCACUCAACGCUCCCAGGCUUGGCGCAGACGCUGCCGCCAACGUGAUGCUGACUGUGGGAGAUGCAGAUUCAGUAUUUCAUCACUUCUACUUCGAGGAGCUGACACGACAAUUCAAUGCAUCUCCGACGAAGCAGCACAUCUGGCAGUCGCCUAUACUCCAUGUCAAAAACUUCGAGUCCUCACCGGCGCCGGUUAAGGUGGGCACUUUGUUCACGAGUAUGAACGAGUUGGCUGUGCACGCAGAUCCCAAUUCCGUCGCCUUCCCGAUGCUUGUCUCACAUGGAGGUUGUCAUUGUCUUGGAGGGGUCCCAGGGUCAUGUUCCUUGAGUUGGCGUUUGAGGAAAUUCAGGGCAGAAUUCAAAUCGUUGUUAUGGCACACAGACAUGUGA